AUGCUCGCCCAUCAGGUGCUGCGCCAGGCCACUCUGUUUGGCGUUGCCCCACAUCUCAAACUGGCUGACGUGUUGAAGCCUGAUGACGUCAUCCUCGCUUUUACUGGGGAUGCUGACGUUGCUGCUGAUGUCAGCGACUAUCUGACACACCACCUUGCCUUCGGCUCCUCUCUUCCGAGUCACGACGACUCCCCCUUUAGCCCCCGCCACCACCACUCACCAUCUCCUCACCACCAACUGCCACGUGGCAAUCUCUUCAGCAACCACGUGGCAUUUCAGCGUGGGCUGCUGGCUGCCCUCGCUGCUGCUGACGUGGCAGGGAGGGGGGUGGAGGCGGUCAGCGAAUCAGGAGAGAGGAGGAGAGUGAAGGGGGUGGUGUUGGGGGGAGGGGGAAAGAGGAUGCGGUUGGAGGGGGGGAGUGGGGAGGGGAGGGGAGGAGGCAGUGUGCCCCUGCUGACAGAUGGGGGGGCGGGAGAGGGGGGAAUCAAGGGAGCAGGAGGCGGGAGAGGGGGAGGGGAGGCGCAGGUGGGAGGACAGGUGGGCCAUGAAGGGCGUGGCAGGGAGGGGGAAGGGGCGGGGAAUGGGGGGCAGGAAGGGGGGCGUGAGAGGAAGCGGAGGAGGGAGAGCGAGGAAGAGCAGAGCAUGGGUGAUGGCACUGGAGAGGGGGAAGGUCGGGGGAAGGCAGAUGGGAAGAGUGUAGAUGCUGAGAACGCUGAUGGGAAGGGGCUGGGCGAGGGGAGUGCGGAUGUGGGACGGGGAGGGAAAAGACAAAGACGAGCGGAGGGGAGUGAGAAGGAUGGGGUGGUGGAGGGGAGAGAGAGGGAUGGGGGGUCGGUGGAUGGGGUUGAGUUGGAGGGGAGAGGGGGCGGGAAGGGGGAUGAGAUAGAUGCGACUGUGGGGAAGAAAGAGAGGGGUGGAGGGUUGACGGAGAGAGAAGGGGUGUGGGAGAAGAGAAGUGCUGAGGAGAAAUAUGAGGGGAAAGGGAAAGACGAGGUGACAGGGAAUGAUGUGAUAGAGCUGAUAGAUGAAGCAAAGGAGAAGGAUGAGGUGAAGGGAAAGGAAGCGAAGGAAGGGAAUGCAUGUGGGAAGGGGCAAGCAGCGGAGAUUGAGGAUGAAGCGGUGGAGGAGAGAGCAAUGAAUGGGGUGAAGGAGGGCCGUGCCCCUCAGGGUGUUGCGACGUCUCUAAAGGCAUCACAGGGUGUUGCGACGUCUCUAAAGGCAUCACAGGGUGUUGCGACGUCUCAAAAGGCACCUCAGGGUGUUGCGACGUCUCAAAAGGCACCUCAGGGAGUUGCGACGUCUCAAAAGGCAUCACAGGGUGUUGAGACGUCUCAAAAGGCAUCACAGGGUGUUGGCGAUAGUGCACGGGGGGCUGGGGUGAAGGGUGGACGGGGAGCCGCAAGCAAGGCGGACGGGAAAGGAGCAGACAGCAAAGCAGCAGCGGCGGGCAAAGCAGUAGAAGACAAGGAACUAGCAGUGAAGGCUGUGGGAGGCAAACAAGACGGAGCAAGCAAAGGAGCUGUCAGAUCUGCUGCAGCAGGAUCAGGAGGAAAAGCUGUUGAUGCAAAGAGAGUGGGUGUUGCAAUGAUCAGUGGGGAAGAGGAUGAGAAGAGUGAGGAGGAGAGUGAAGAGGAGAGUGAGGGGAGCGAGACAGAGAUUGAGGGAGAAGUGGAUGAGGAGAAAGAGGGGAGCGAGACAGAGAGUGAGGGAGAAGCGGAUGAGGAGAAAGAGGAGGAGAGUGAGGAAGAAAGUGAGGAUGAGAGUGAGGAGGAGAGUGAGGAGGAGGAAGAGGAGAGGAAACUGGAUGACAAGAGCAAGAAGCAGGCCAGCACAAGUAAGGGAGCGGACACGGGCAAAGGAACAGUGUCAGGGUAUGGCAAGGGAAAAGGGGCUGCAGGGAUGGGGAAGGCAGAGGGUUCAAGGAAGGCGGAGAGUGUGAGUGGAGGGAAGGAGGCAAGCAGAGGGAAGAAAGGCCGCGAGGGGGCAGCAGCAGCAGCACAGACGGAUGUGGCUGGCAUGGGGGGGAGGAAGACGGGAGGGAAGCGAGGCAAGAAGGCUGAGGCAGGAGCACAAGGUGCAGCCGCUGCUGCUACUUCUGCUGCCCCUGCUGCUGCUGCUGCUGCUGCCCCUGCUGCUGCUGCUGCUGCUGCUGCCCCUGCUGCUGCUGCUGCUGCUGCUACCCCUGCUGCUCCAGCUGUUGCAGCAGCCAAGGCUGCGAGCUCCGGGGAGGCUGCUCCUCUGGAAGCUGGAAGAGGAGGGGGGAGGGGGACGGCUGCUGCUGUGGAUGGAGUGGGAGGAAACGCAUCGGCAGAGGGGAGGGCAGGAGCAGGAGGGAAGGCAGCAGGUGGAAGGGGAAAGACGGCAGGCAAGGGGAAGGCAGCAGCUGCCGCUGCUGCUGGCAAGGCAAAAGGAGGAGCAGCAGCAGUAAAGGCGGGUGCGUCACGUGCAGCAGAGGCAGCAAGGGCAGGAUGGGCAGAAGGGCCAAUAGAUACAGCGAACCCGACGGGUCCAAGAGUGCCUCUUCGAAUGAGCGCACCACCAAGCGGCACCUUUCGUUACCCCCAAGCCACUUCCCCUAUUGCCUCCACUGCCCCUCUUGCCUCUGCUGCCCCCUUGCCUCCACCUUCCCCCACGGCUGAGCCGCCCAGCCCUAUGCCGGUCCUUGACCUGGGAGACAUUCUUAAGAUGAUAAAGUAA